CGGACGGCGGGCCGGCGGAGGCGCCAUGCUGAGCCGGCUUCAGGAGCUGCGCAAGGAGGAGGAGACACUUCUCCGGUUGAAGGCGGCCCUGCACGACCAGCUGAACCGGCUCAAGGUCGAAGAACUAGCCCUCCAAUCAAUGAUUAGUUCUAGGAGAGGGGAUGAGAUACUAUCUUCUAAACCUGCACCUGAACAGUCACAUGAUAUGUUGGUGCAUGUAGACAAUGAAGCAUCAAUCAACCAGACUGCACUGGAGUUGAGCACAAGGAGCCAUGUGCCCGAAGAGGAGGAGGAGGAGGAGGAGGAAGAAUCAGAUUCCUGAAGCAGGGUGAGAUGCACGUCUGAACAGACAGGCGUGGGCAAGAGGCCCGGAAGCGACAUGGCACACCACUGGGCAGGGGACUCACUCUUCGCUGCUUCCCACGUCCUUAGACACCGGCUGCGUGGGUCGGUGUGCUGGGCUGGUUAAGGCCAAUGGUGGAGCAGAGCCAACCUGCAAAAUCCACUUCCUCCCCGUCCGAUCUCUUGAUAAAGGCAUGAACCUAUGUGCAAGGAAGCAGAGUAAGUGGUGGUCAAAAACCCAAAGGAAAGGUUGAGAGUCCUGGGUCUAGAGCUUCUCUUGGAAGGAGCUCCCAGAGCCUGUCCUGGGCCAGCAGCUGCCGCAAGAGCCUGCGCUGCUCGUCUCAUAGGCUGUGAGGCCACAGCCCCCAUGCACCACCCAGAGCCUGCGCUCCUCCCCUGGGGCCUGGGCACAGGAGCUCUGCCCUCCCCUCGGCCCUUACACUGCCCGGCGGAGACGGGGGGCCGCUGUUCGGGAUCCUACAGCCCCUGGGGCGGCGGGAGCACAGCGGCCGAGGCGGAGCAGGGAAUGGGCUCGGAGUACCUGGGCAGGUAGACUGAGGGAGGACAAAUGAAUAAACAGGACGUGUACAAAUUGGAAA